AUGGAUGAAGGAACCCUCGAGGCAGCCAUCAGUACCUAUGGUGCCCAGCUGCAGCAGGUGGAGACAGCCCUGUCUGCUGGCCUGGACCCUUCCCAGCAGUCAGACCUGCUCACACUGAGAGAUGACCUUUGUCAGCUGAUAGAGCUCACAGAGUCCAGCCUGGUGUCCGUCAAAAAGAGUCAGCUUCUGGCCAGCCUUGAGGAAAGCCUUGGACUGCAGGCGAACACCUCAGCGGCAGCAGCUGACACAAAUGGUGCAAAUGGCACUUUGAACAAUGAGUUUGCUGCUUUCUACUCUGAACUGGGAGAGUCGUCAGGCUCUGAUACUAGAGAGAGGGACAAUGAGAAGGAAGGUGGGGUAGAGUAUGGUGAAGAGGAGGAGGACGAGGAGGAGGAAGAUGCACUCAGUGGUACCAAAGUAAGGGCACCAUACCGGACGACAUGGGGGACACUGGAGUAUCACAAUGCCAUGGUGGUGGGGACAGAACAGGCAGACGGAGAAGAGGAUCAAGUAAGAGUGUUCUAUGUCUACCCAACCCAGAAGUCUAUGAAACCCUGUCCAUACUACCUAGAGGACAAAUGUCGCUUCCCGGAUAAUUGCAGGUUUUCCCACGGUGAUGUGGUGAAUGUGUCUGAGCUCAGAGAGUUCCUUGAGUUUGACCUCAGUAAUCUGGAAGAAGGCUCGUCCUGCUUGGCUCGACAUGACGACGGCAUCUGGUACCCUGCCAAAAUCAAAGAAAUGGACAGUGGUUUCUACAGUGUGAAGUUUGACUCGGUGCUGCUAAAAGAUGUUGUGGUCGAGGCCGACUGCAUUAUCCCGCCUUUGAGAGAGGACGACCCGCUGUCCUCUGACUCUGACCUGGACGACAUUGAAGAUGGAGACGAUGUGGCUUUUGCAAAAGUUAUGGACUCCGCUGUAGAUCCCACAGAAAUGUUGAACAGUGCACACUUUGGUGGCUGGGAGGCACAUACCAGAGGCAUCGGAUCCAAGCUUAUGCUCAAAAUGGGCUAUGAAUAUGGGAAAGGCUUAGGAAAGAUGCAGGAUGGUCGAGUAGAGCCCGUCAUGGCAGUUGUCCUGCCCAAAGGUAAGUCUCUGGACGAGUGUGCCGAGCUCACCCCGAGACGCGCCCGCAGCAAGGCCACUAAAGACGGCACGCAAUCGGGGCGCCCGAAGAGAAAGCCUCGGCGAAGGAAACCUCGGUUCGCCAAAGGAGGGCGCAAAAACGUCUUUGACUUUCUCAACAACAAGCUAGGAGGCAAGAGCACGGGUGCUGCCGAGGGGGGUGCUGCUGCUGCUCCGUCUGCAGCGACCGGGGUGGAGGCUUACAGGGGGGGGAAAAGCACCAAGAGGACUCUGAAUGUGAAGGUGUUCCAGGCUGCUGAGAGGGUGUCCCAGACUGAGAGGGAGAUCCAGAAACUGACUGAGAUACUCGGCAGACAGACGGGAAGGGACGCCUCCAGAGUGAAGCAGCUGGAAGAGAAGCUGUCAGCGGCCCGUCGGCUGCUGGCCCAGCUCAAAGCCCAGGAGCUGUCCGUCCAGGGAGAGCACAGGAAGGCUGACACACACAAGAAGAUGACUGAGUUUUAGAGCUCAGUUCCUCUCAAAGACUUGGAGGGUAAAGGGAAGCACUGCCUGCCUGAAAUAAACUUUUGUCCCUCGCCUGUUGUCAGCCACUCUGUUUUUUUAAGAAUGUUUUUUAGCAUCAUUUCUCAACGGCGUCAUGGAUUGGAGCUGGCGGUGAUGCUGAAGAUUCUCACUUUAUCUUCAAGGACUGAGCGGUUUAUUUUGUGUAAACAGUUGUUUGUUUUCAAAUUGUACAGUUCACAAUAAUGUUACAAACUAAAUAUUAUUUGGAUGAGCAUUUUGCUUCAGUGUAUUUUUGUGCCUGUAUUUUUCUUCAUAACCCUAAAAACCCCGUGUUUGAAGAA